CAGCCUCUCACUUCAUCUUCAAAGCUUACCCCCAUUUUCCAACUGCCAUAGCUCAUCCUCUCCUCCCUCGUCUCUCAAUCCACACUCCAUACUGAGAGGGAGAGACUGAGAAGAGCUAUGGAGAUGGCCACUGCUUCGCGCAUCGCUUCGAAUUUGACGCCCAAUGCUCCACCUUUAUCGUCGGGGAGCGUCGAUUCAUAUAGAAGAAGCUCUAUCUGCGGCCCUUCUUGGCUGAAGAGGCAGUUUCUCGGCAGUUCUCUAUCAAUGAAGUCGAAAUCCAAUUUUUUGAGAAUACGUCCUCGGAUUUCUGUCAAGUGCUCAGUAUCCAAUGUCACCACAGAAUCUGCCGUUGAGAAAAAGAACCAGCUGACGAGGAGAAAUGACAUAAGAAAUAUUGCCAUUGUUGCCCAUGUAGAUCAUGGGAAGACCACUCUGGUGGAUGCUAUGUUGAGGCAAGCUAAGGUUUUUCGUGAGAACCAAUUUGUACAGGAGAGAAUAAUGGAUUCAAAUGAUCUAGAGCGUGAAAGGGGGAUAACAAUCCUUAGCAAAAACACAUCUAUUGCAUAUAAUGACACAAAAAUCAAUAUCAUUGAUACUCCAGGUCAUUCUGAUUUUGGAGGUGAGGUGGAACGGAUUCUCAACAUGGUUGAAGGAAUUCUUCUUGUGGUGGAUUCCGUAGAAGGUCCAAUGCCUCAAACAAGAUUUGUUUUGAAGAAGGCCCUUGAAUUUGGUCAUGCAGUUGUUGUUGUGGUCAAUAAGAUUGAUAGACCUUCUGCACGUCCAGAAUAUGUCAUUAAUUCUACCUUUGAAUUGUUUAUUGAACUUAAUGCAUCAGACGAGCAGUGUGAUUUCCAAGUUAUAUAUGCAAGUGGUCUCAAAGGAAAAGCAGGACUUACACCUGAAAAUCUGGGUUCGGAUCUUGGACCACUUUUUGAGGCCAUCAUAAGAUGCAUACCUGGGCCCCAAAUUGCCAUAGAUGGUGCUCUUCAAAUGCUUGCUACAAAUAUCGAAUAUGAUGAACAUAAAGGGCGCAUUGCGAUUGGACGCUUGCAUGCCGGUACAUUGAGAAAAGGAAUGGAUGUGCGGGUUUGUACUAGUGAAGAAGAAUGCAGAUUUGGUAAAGUAAGUGAACUUUUUGUGUAUGAAAAGUUCAGCAGAGUACCUGCGCAAACAGUGGAGGCCGGUGAUAUUUGUGCUGUGUGUGGAAUUGAUGAUAUUCAGAUCGGGGAGACAAUUGCAGACAAGACUUCUGGCAAGCCAUUACCCUCCAUCAAGGUGGAAGAACCCACUGUGAGAAUGGCUUUCUCUAUCAACACUUCACCUUUUGUGGGCCGUGAGGGAAAGUAUGUCACUAGUAGAAACCUGCGUGAUCGGCUCUUCCGUGAGCUUGAGCGAAAUUUGGCCAUGAAAGUUGAAGAUGGUGAAACAUCAGACACAUUUAUUGUUAGUGGACGUGGUACUCUGCACAUCACCAUAUUGAUAGAAAACAUGCGAAGAGAAGGUUACGAGUUCAUGGUGGGUCCGCCCAAAGUUAUCAACAAAAAUGUGAAUGAUAAGUUAUUAGAACCUUACGAGAUAGCUAUUGUCGAAGUACCUGAAGAAUACAUGGGACCUGUGGUUGAACUCCUGGGUAGGAGGCGUGGCCAGAUGGUUGAUAUGCAAGGAACCGGGUCGGAAGGUACAACCUUAAUGAAGUACAAGAUACCAACACGCGGGCUUCUUGGGUUACGAAAUUCAAUCCUUACUGUAUCCCGAGGCACUGCAGUUCUCAACACAGUUUUUGACGAAUAUGGUCCUUGGGCUGGUGAUAUAAGCACCCGCGAUCAGGGUUCUCUGGUUGCUUUUGAGGAUGGAACAAGCACAUCUUAUGCUCUUGCAAGCUCGCAAGAAAGAGGCCAGAUGUUUAUUGGACCCGGAGCGGAUGUUUACAAAGGUCAAAUUGUGGGCAUUCAUCAGCGCCCUGGUGACUUAUCCUUGAACGUUUGCAAGAAAAAAGCAGCAACAAAUAUUCGUUCUAAUAAAGAACAAACAGUGGUUCUCGACACUCCUUUGGACUACAGUUUGGACGAUUGCAUAGAGUACAUUCAAGAAGACGAACUCGUUGAGGUUACUCCCUCUAGCAUCAGGAUGUGCAAGAACCCUAAGAUCGCCAAGAAAUCACGUUGAAAUCGACCAUGAGCAAUAUUAAGUUUCGAAAAGUUUCCCAGAUACAAAUUGAGGACAUUCUUGAACAAUGAAUAGUCGAGGUAGUCUUCAAAUUAGGCAGGUAUCUCAUCUUAUCUUAUCUAUAUCAUAGUCUUGUCCCAACAUGAAUCUUUAUUUGUAAUAAUACUAAUAUUUGCCCAAAUGAGCUUAUUCAUUUCAGUA